ACAUAAAACUUAGAAGUCUCAUUUGAGUGUUGGUGGCGACUUUGAAACGCGAGUUAGCUAUUUUCUGUGCAGUGCGAUAAAAAAAUUAAAUAGAGUGCAGACAUGGACGAUAAGGCUAUUUUAAAAGAACCAACGUCUAGUAAUGUUGAUGAAUUUCCAAUCGUAGAACAGCCUAGCGGUAAUAUUCCUUUAGUACUGGGUCCGGUGACGUCGAUCACGAGGUGCUCGUUCUGUAAGUCAGUGGUGAUGACGACGAUCAAGCACCGUGUGACAAGUCGCACUCAUAUGACAGCCGCGCUGUGUUGUUUAGUAUGUUGCUGUUGUACUCCAUACUGCUGCAGUUCUGCCAAGAACACAGAUCAUUACUGUCCGAGCUGCCAGGCAUAUCUAGGAACUUAUGAAAAAUAAGAUUAACUUAUACUAAGGAUGCUGUGCUACAAAACAAGUUUCUUCUUUCUUUGUCAGUUUUUCUUAAACACCAGUAUGAUAAUAUAGAAUAUUGUUUCUGUUCUGUUGCUGCUUGUUGAUUGGGUAAGCAUAUAGAUAAUUAAAAGUAAACACAAUUUUUAUGUCAA